AUGGUCUACCAGGCAAAAAUUCUGUUUUUGUCAUUGCUGGUGAUCGGGUCGUGGCGGCUCGUGGUCAAGAACAGCACCUUCCUGGAAUGGUUUGAGCUUCCCAGCCGGAUGCAAGAGAUGGGUCUGCCAAAGAAGCUGCCCACAUGGCUGAAGCAGCCUUUGCACUAUUAUGUGAUCCUUUACUUCAUGUUGGGCGUUUUACUGUACAACUCUUUGCACGAUACAGUAAAGAUCAUGAGACAGACGGACUUCAUGGAUGUUUGGGCCUUUCACCUCCCCGACUCAGUUCCCCAGGAAGAGCGCAACUUUCCAAGAUGGCUUUUCUCAAUAUCUGCAUACACCCCGCUCGCGAGCAUAGCCACGUUCGUGGUGUCGGUCGGGCACACCCUCAUGCACUAUUGUGCCAUCAGAGGCAUCGAGCUAAAACGGGUUGUGGAUCAAGAUCGGGCAAUUUUGGUGAUUGCUCUUCCGGCUGUCUAUGGUGCCAUGGCAUUCAAAUCGGUGAUACGGAUGUGGAUUCUUUUCACUGGCUGUCGGAUUGAAAGCGAGUGUGGCUCCCCUGGCUCACCCUGGGAGACCAAGAAGACCUUCAUCCUGGACGCGUACGACUCCAACUACGACACCGCGGACCUCUACGAGGCCUACGCGCUGUACCUCUUCGCGCAGCUCUGCAUGUCGCAGGUUGCGAAGAGAACCUCGGACUCGGGCACCUCCACCCUCACGCACACGGUCGAAGCUCUGACAAUGCAGGGCGUGAUGAGCUUCGUGAUCGUGUGUUUCCUUCAAGCCACGUACAAGAUGGCGCUCACCAUCUACGUGAGCCUCACCGAUGACACGACAUUGCCAGGCCUGUCGCCCUACCUGACAGGGGCCGGACUGGUCGCUUCAUCUGCAGCGAUUUCCAAUGUGAUCACUGUUGAGCACAGCCUGGAGACCUACUUGCACGAUUUUCGGCCAAGCGCAAAGUUUUGGAGCGCAAAAGUGUUGGUGUCCAUCGCUUUUUUGCAGCAAACCAUCUUGUCCAUCCUGUCACACUUUCUCGGCGCGGGCUUCACGGACCUGCAGCAAAAUCUUCUAUAUUCGUCUCUGAUUUGCUAUGAAGUCCUGCUUGUUUCCUUCUUCCACAUGUACGCGUGGAGAACAAGUGAACCAUGGUUGAAGUGCGCCACGCAAGAGCCACUGCUGAGUGGUGGCCACUGA